GCCCAGGCAUGCCCUGGGACGUCACACUGGUGAAUAAUAGGUGAAUAGUGGUGUAUAUAAAGGCUGACUGUGAGGUGGGAGAAUCAGAGUGCGUUACAGGUGGAACAGGAAUUGGUACUUCCCGUGACACCCACUCUAUCUGACAAUACAAGAAAAAACUGUGAUUGAACCAAGUUACAUGCUUUAUCAGCUUCUAAGGUCUCCAAAUAUUAGCAUUAAGGCUUCGCAAACCCUCAAACUCCAAAAAUCUAUCCACCGCAGCCUUGUGUUAGGCAGGGCAUCAUCUCUUAUUAUUAUUAAGAGCUCAAAUCAUCUCUUGAAGCAUCAGCGUAUCAGCCCUGUCUGUAUUCCUGUAGCUUGGAAUAACACACGGGGAUUGAACCUUCAAAACUCCAUCCAUACAACAGUUUUCAGUAUGUCGGAGCAAAGGUUCUGUGUUGAGUAUGCCAAACAGGGAAGGGCCGGCUGCAAAAAAUGUAAACAAAAAAUCGAGAAGGGUCUUCCCCGCAUCGGCAAGAUCGUCCCGAACUUCUUCCACGAGGGAGAUGGGGAGAUGAAGCAGUGGUAUCAUGUCGGGUGCAUCUUCGAGACAUUCCAGCGGGCCCGCGCCACCACCAAGAAGAUCGAAGAUGCGUCAGACUUGGAGGGGUGGGAAGACAUGGAGGACCAGGAGAAACAGACAAUUCUAAAGCUCAUCAAAGAUCUGGAAAGUAAGGCCAAGUCUCCUAAGAAGAAGGUUGUCCAGGCAACACUGUCUACUACAGGAAAACUCCAGUCUCCUACCAAGAAACCUGCCAGCAGUUCAACUGGCUCAGAUGAUGCCCCAGCAGCAGGCCCAUCAUCAUCAUCAUCAGCCGUGACCUCUGGGUCGUUGACCUCCCCCACCCCGACCCCUGACCUUGACCACAAGGACAACGCAUUCCGAGAGUUCCGCCGACUGUGUGCGCUCAUUGCUGAGGAGCCGGGGUAUAACGCCAAAACCAAGCUGGUGUCUGACUUCCUGAAGAAGGGAUCUAACGGAGAUGGAUUCAAAGGUGACACCUUCCUGGUGGUGAAGCUUCUCCUUCCCGGGGUAGUCAAGAGAGUCUACAACCUGAACAACAAACAGCUGCUCAAACACUUCGCUAACAUCUUCGGGGUCAACCUGGCGGACAUGUUGACUGACCUUGAGCAAGGUGAUGUGUCAGAAACUGUGCGGAAGUUUUUUGAGGAGAGUGAGCGCUGCCCGCCGGCCAAGAAGAGCAAACUGACCGUCCAGGAGGUGGACGAGAGUCUGGACAUCCUGGCUCAGAUGACCAAGGAGGACGACCAGAUGAGGGAACUACACAAGAUCGCAAAAAAAUGCACAGCCAAUGAUCUAAAGGUUGUAGUUCGCCUGAUUAAACACGACCUGCGGAUCAGCGCGGGAGCCAAACACAUCCUGGAGGGACUGGACCCCAACGCCUACCCAGCAUUCCAAGCGUCGCGUAACCUGGCGGACGUUGUGGAGAGAGUGGUGGCCAAUGGGAGCGCUCCAGGGAUGAAGAAGUCACUGAGCAUCAAGGCAAACCUGAUGACACCUGUGCUGCCCAUGCUGGCGGAGGCGUGUAAGUCAGUAGAGAUGGCCAUGAGGAAGUGUCCUAACGGGAUGUAUGCGGAGAUAAAGUACGAUGGAGAGAGAGUUCAGGUCCACAAACAGGGCAACAAGUUUGAGUACUUCAGCCGCAGUCUCAAACCUGUCCUGCCUCACAAGGUUGCCCACUUUAAAGACUACAUCCCGAAGGCCUUCCCCCAUGGCAGUAACAUGAUCCUGGACAGCGAGGUUCUAUUGGUCGACACAAACACGGGAAACCCCCUGCCCUUUGGAACCCUGGGAAUCCACAAGAAGAAGCAGUUCAGCGACGCACAAGUCGCACUGUUUGUGUUUGACUGUAUCUACUACAACGGAGAAACUCUCAUGGACAGGCCAAUUUCUGAGAGGAGAAAAUUCCUGGAGGACAACAUGACGGUGAUCCCCAACAGAGUGGUUCUGUCUGAGUACAAACACAUCACCCAGCCUCACGACCUGUCUGACAUGAUCGGCCGCGUCAUUCGCGACGGGCUGGAGGGUCUCGUGCUGAAGGACACCAAGAGCAUCUACGAGCCCGGCAAACGCCACUGGCUCAAGGUAAAAAAGGACUACUUAGAACAGGGCGCGAUGGCGGAUACGGCGGACUUGGUCGUGCUGGGCGCGUUCUACGGUACGGGGAAUAAGGGCGGGCUCAUGUCGGUUUUCCUGAUGGGGGUGUACGAUCCGGACUCCGACAAGUGGUGCACGGUCACGAAAUGCGGAAACGGACACGACGACAACACCAUCGCUAAACUCAACAAAGAACUGGCCAUGGUCAAGAUCAGUAAAGACGUGUCCAAAGUACCCAAGUGGCUGAAGAUCACCAAGAACUUGGUACCAGACUUCGUGUGCGCGGAUCCGAAGAAGGCGCCGGUUUGGGAGAUCACGGGGGCGGAGUUUAGCAAGUCGGAGGCGCACACGGCGGACGGGAUAUCCAUCCGCUUCCCGAGGGUCACCAAGAUUCGCGACGACAAGGACUGGAAGUCAGCCACCAAUCUACAGCAACUCAAGCAACUUUUCAAGACGUCCAAGGAGACCUCAGACAUCCCCGACCUUCUGAAGGGGAAGGGCAAGUCACCCAGGAAACAGGUCAAGGUCAAACAGGAGGAAGUUGAUGAUGAUGAUGACAGUAAUGGUGGUGCCUCCAGCAAUGGGGCCUCACCAGUCAAAGGUGUGAAAAGGAAGGCUGAAGAAGUCAGUCCCAGAACACCCAAGAAGUCCAAGCCCAUGUGUAGGUACGGAGCCGCCUGCUACCAGACCAGCCGGGACCACCUGGACAAGUUUGACCACCCCACCGCCAAGUCUCCCAGAAAGACCAACGGUCCUGCAAAGAGUGUCCUUCCUGAUGUUUUCUGUGGCAUCAAAUUGUUCCUGCCCAGCACAGUAGAGAACUACACCAGACUCAGACGGUACUUCGUGGCCUACGAUGGUGACAUCGUGCCAGACUACGCCAUGGCACAGGCAACACAUGUGGUGGAGGAUCCUGACCAAAAGAACAUGAAUGGUAAGACUGAUGCCCAGCUGGUGACAGUAGACUGGCUGUGGGAGUGUAUCAAGAGGAAGCAACUUGUUCCAGUCUGACCAACUAGUGUUAACAUUUUCACACUACCAACAUGUAAGGCCACACUGACUUAAUUUUAUGGAUGACAUCCGCGCGCGCAUUGAUUUUUGCCUAUUCUCAAAAA